CUGGGGAGGGCGCAAGAGCGCGCGAGCGAGCCAACGGGUGAAGUGCGCGUGCUCUGUCACCGCCGUCGCCGCUUCAGAGGAGAGGACCCGUUUAUUCAGCUGCUGAAUGAGAGACGGAACGGAGGCAAGGAUGAACAGAUAGAGGGAUGAGUGAAUGAAUGAAUGAACGGAUCCCGACCAGGGCUUCUUCCAGAGUACCGAUCCGGUGAGAAGACGCAAACAACGAUUUGGACGUCACUCCACGCUGCGCUGACCCAUUAGAACUCAGUAGAGUCCAGUGAAGGCCUGGCCGCAUCAGCAGAAAUGGCUCCAGCAGCCAUGUCUCUGCCUCCAUCCCCUCUUACUUCCCUCCACCCAUCCCGCCUCUCCUCAACCCUCCUCUUCUUCCUCCUCUCCGCCUUUCUCCUGCUGUCGUGUCCUGGAUCGGUGCACGCAGGCUCACAUGAGAAAAACUGCUCAGCCAGUGGAGACCCCUGUCAAGAAGGAGUGGUAUUACCCGUGUGGAACCCUCAGAACCCCUCUGUAGGGGACAAAGUGGCACGGGCCAUUGUUUACUUCGUAGCACUCAUCUAUAUGUUCCUGGGUAUGAGCAUCAUAGCGGACCGAUUCAUGUCUUCUAUAGAGGUCAUAACAUCCCAAGAGAAGGAAAUCACUAUAAAGAGGCCGAACGGUGAGACCACCACCGCCACGGUCAGGAUCUGGAAUGAGACCGUUUCUAAUCUCACUCUAAUGGCUCUGGGUUCUAGUGCCCCCGAGAUACUGCUGUCUGUUAUUGAGGUGUGCGGUCACGGUUUCGAGGCAGGCGCUCUGGGUCCCAGCACCAUCGUGGGCAGUGCUGCCUUCAACAUGUUCGUCAUCAUCGCCCUGUGUGUGUACGUGGUUCCCGACGGAGAGACGCGCAAAAUCAAACACCUUCGGGUGUUCUUCGUCACGGCGGCCUGGAGUAUCUUCGCCUACAUCUGGCUUUAUCUGAUUCUGAGUGUCUCUUCCCCUGGAGAGGUGGAGGUAUGGGAGGCGGUGUUGACCUUCCUCUUCUUCCCCCUCUGUGUGGUCCAGGCCUGGGUGGCCGACCGUCGCCUCCUCUUUUACAAGUAUGUCCGAAAGCGUUACCGUGCUGACAAGAACCGAGGCAUCAUCAUUGAAACUGAGGGAGGGAACGAUGGAGGGAUGGGUAUGGCCGGAGGAGCACUGGGUCCGGGGGGUUUCACCAAGAUGGACAUGCUGGAGCUGGACGGACAGAUGGCAUUAAACUGUCACAGUGGGAUGGACGGAGGGUUGAUGGAAGAGGGAGGAGCUAAGGAUGAAGAGGACGAGGCCAGAAGGGACAUGGCGAGGACGCUGAAGGACCUGAAGCAGAGGCACCCAGACAAAGACAUGGAGCAACUGAUUGAGAUGGCUAAUUAUCAGGUCCUGAUGCAGCAGCAAAAGAGCAGAGCAUUCUACCGUAUCCAGGCAACCAGGAUGAUGAUUGGAGCUGGCAACAUCCUGAAGAAGCACGCCGCCGACCAGGCUCGCAAGGUGGUGAGCAGCCAUGAGACCCAGGCCCAGGAGGAUGACCCUCACACCAUCAGGAUGGAGUUUGAACCCUCUUUGUACCAGUGCUUUGAAAACUGUGGCUCCUUAAAACUGACCGUUGCCAGACACGGAGGAGACCCUGGAGUUACUGUCAAGGUGGAUUAUCGCACAGAGGACGGUACGGCAAACGCAGGUUCAGAUUAUGAGUUUGCGGAGGGAACACUGCUGUUUAAGCCAGGAGAGACCCUCAAAGAGAUCACAGUCGGAGUGAUUGAUGACGACAUCUUUGAGGAGGAUGAGUAUUUCUACGUCCACCUCAGUAACCCUCGAGUGGUUGGUUAUCCUGAGAUUGGUACUGCCCCAUUGGAUGCCAGUGCCACCCCCAAAGCCGUGCUGGGUGACAACCACACAGCCACAGUGACCAUCUAUGAUGACGAUCACGCAGGUAUCUUUACCUUUGAGAGUGCCAGUCAGAGGGUGAGUGAGAGCGUAGGUGUGAUGGAGGUGAAGGUGCUCAGGACUUCGGGGGCCCGAGGCCUGGUAGCUGUCCCCUACCGAACUGUGGAUGCCUCUGCUAAAGCAGGAGAGGACUAUGAACUGGCAGCUGGCAAGCUGGAGUUUCAGAAUGACGAGACCAUGAAGAUCAUCGAGGUGAAGAUUAUUGAUGACGAGGAGUAUGAGAAGAACAAGACCUUCACCAUUGAGCUGGGAGAGCCCAUUCUGUUGGAGAUAGGGCAGAAACAUGGUGACUCCAAUGAGAACAAGCCGUUGGUGGGAGCAGAGGAGGAAGAGGUGGCAAAGAUGGGCUGCCCUAGUUUGGGCGAACACACACAAGUAGAGGUGGUCAUAGAAGAGUCCUACGAGUUUAAGAAAGCAGUGAAUACGCUUCUCUGGCGAGCUGAAAAGAGUACGGUAGAUAAGUUGAUCAAGAAGACAAACCUGGCCUUGGUGGUGGGAAGCAGCAGCUGGAGGGAGCAGUUUGUCAGUGCCGUUACUGUCAGCGCAGGAGACGACGACGAAGAGGAGAGCGGCGAGGAGCGUCUGCCGUCCUGCUUUGACUACAUCAUGCACUUCCUCACCGUCUUCUGGAAGGUUCUGUUCGCCUUCGUCCCGCCCACGGAGUACUGGAACGGCUGGGCCUGCUUCAUUGUCUCCAUAUCGCUUAUCGGUGUCCUGACUGCAGUCACUGGUGAUCUGGCGUCACACUUCGGCUGCACGAUAGGACUGAAGGACUCUGUGACGGCUGUGGUGUUUGUGGCACUGGGAACAUCGGUGCCAGACACAUUCGCCAGCAAGGUCGCCGCCAUCCAAGACCAGUACGCUGACGCCUCCAUUGGCAACGUCACCGGCUCCAACGCCGUCAACGUUUUCCUCGGCAUUGGCGUAGCAUGGACCAUCGCCGCCAUCGCCUGGCGCUCCAAGGGCCUGGCCUUCAAGGUGGACCCAGGAAACCUGGCCUUCUCCGUCACCCUCUUCACCAUCCUGGCCGUGUUGUGCGUAGUCACACUGCUGUACCGGCGGCGGGCGACGGUGGCCGGCGGCGAGCUGGGUGGGCCGCGGACUUGCAAGAUGCUAACAUCGCUGCUGUUCGUCUCAAUGUGGUUGAUUUACAUCCUGCUGGCUUCACUGGAGGCCUACUGCCAUUUACCAGGGUUUUAAACGGAGAGGAAAGGGGAGGGUGAGAGACCCACUGCCAAUAUGAAGAGAAAGAGAGAGGGAGGGUUGGAGGAGUCUGGAGGAAGACAGGAUGAUGAGAGAUGAGGAGUAGAGGUGGAUCAAUAUGGGCCGAUUUUGAUAUUUUUAUGGAGUCAGCAGAUCUUUUCAAUUUUCUCCUUUUUUUAAAGUCCAAAACAAUUUCCAGUAUUUCAGAUAGAUUUAUUUUUCUCUUUCCAUUUAUUUAUUUAUUUACUGAAAAAGAGUGUAUACCAGUAUGAAACAUUAAAACUCCUCGAAUAUAUCCAAACAUUCUUUUUGCUUUAGCAGACCUUCUGUCUGUCCAGUGAUGGAGAAACUUGUAGGAUACGUUAACUCUUUGAAUUGAGAGUUAUUUAACAGAAAGAAUUAAUGAGAAAAAUGCAACACAGGUCUUAAGGAGCGCUUUUAUGUUACCUCAUCCAUCAUCACCCGUGGGAAACGCUGUUUAAUGGUUAAUAUAAGGCUAAUAUCAUUCCAGUAUAAUGGCAAACCAGCAGGAGAGAAGAAGAGACAGACAGUGAGGAGAGCUUUUAGCCGGCCUCCGAGGGGAACAGUGAGGAUGAAGAGGAAGGAUAGGGGUGAAAGAUAAAAGAGGGAAAGUUAAGAGAGGAGGCUGCAGGCAACAACACUAGAGAAAGGUCUGGAUAAAGUCAAUGGGGAGACGUGAGAAAAUACGACAGAAAUAAGUAAAAGAAGAAGAAGAGAUGGGGAAAAUAUUGUUCUACACCCCCUCCUCACGCUCUCUCUCUCGUUCCGUCCAUCUUUGCUGUCUCUCGUCGUCACGGGAACAGUGGAUCCUCCUAUCAUACUGUACCCACUGAACUCUAUCUAAUACUACCAGUGACUUAUUUCUUUUAACCCCUCUUCUCACACACACACACUUCGGGGCCCUCAGGUGAAUCUGCAGUGGAGGACCACUCACUAACUUGCGGGCGAACAGGCAAGAUCAAAACAGACAACUUUUUUCCUUCUCUUUUUAAAAAAACACUGUGCGAAAUAGUCCUUCCACCCCACAACACACACACACACACACACACACACACACACACACACACACACACACACACACACACACACACAAACUGUACACCCCCUUCCCAACAAACACUCUGCAGACUUUACACACUCCUCCAUCCCUCCCUCUUGCCUUACUCUUAUCUCCCCUGUAGGAAUUGUCUUAAAAUUGUGAUAAUGAAACGCUGUAGUCACCACCAACCAGUCCUCUUUUUUAAUUGAGCCAAUCCCAAGUCCCUUUCCUUUUACGCCAAUCAACAGCCUCGUUUAUCCCGCUAUGGAUCCCCCUCCUUUUUUUCUAAACUUUUCAAUGGCGUCACGUGUUGAUGUUGUUACCGUGCAAUUGUAAAAAAAAAAAUAAAAA